GGAACCAGCAGAAGACACUUCGUCUGAGAGAGAUGUCUCAGGCCCUGCUGGAUCCUCUGGCCCUGGAGGAGAUCAAUGAGGAGGAGAAGAAGGAACCGGACCGGAGCUCGUUGUGGGAGCACGAGCCGCUCGCGCAGAUUCCUGUGAAGGUGUUGAGGGGUCACGCCGACUCCGUCAGCAGCUGUCACUUCUGUUUCCAUGACACUCGACUUCUCACCGCUUCCCACGACAAGACGGUGAUCUUCUGGGAUGUGGAGACAGGGGCUCAGCUGAUGGUGCUGAACGGAGGACACUCUGGAGCCAUCACUGCGUGCUGUUUGGUCCCGGAGAAGAACAGAGUAAUAACAUCCUCUUGGGACAAGACUGUAAACGCCUGGGACCUGGAGACUGGUAAACUCUUGUGGACAGUAAUGCAGGGAGGUUUGUUGAUGUCAUGCAGUGUGUCAUGGGACGGGAAGUACGUGGCAUCGGCCUCAGACAUGGAGAACGCUCUGUAUGUCAACUGUGCAGAUACAGGACAGAGACUGCAUUACAUUCCAGGUCAUCAUACGUCCACAGUGAUGAGCUGCAGGUUUGAUGCUCAGAGUCAGCACGUGGCCAGCGUCUCAGCGGACAGAUCCAUUAAAUUAUGGGACCUUUGCUCACACAAAACCACUCUGAGCAUUAACAAUGCCCAUACAAACGUCAUCUCCAGCUGCUGCUUUACACAAAAUGGCCGUUACUUGUGCACAGCAUCGUGGGACCGUACGCUACAGCUGUGGGAUGUGCAAACAGGUUCGUUCCGUACCAGAGGAGCAGAGCAGCUCAGCAAAGGCCACGAUGGAAGCGUCAGCUCCUGUGCCUUCUCCAGUGAUGCCUCUGUUCUUGUGUCAGGAGCGUACGACAGGACUGUUGCAUUGUGGGAUGUGAGGGGACUGUACAGAACUCUGGUGCUGAAGGGUCACCUGGACUGGGUGACAGACGUGGACAUGAGUGCUGAUAAGAACUGGGUGGUCUCUUCCUCAAAGGAUUGUACAGUGCGUCUGUGGAACAUUGAGCAGCAUGAGAGCAUUCCUGCAGUCAGAGAGAGCAGGAGAGCACAUGGACAUGAACCUCAUAUCCUUCAGUGUGAGGAAUGUGGAAAGGUGUUUUCACUUCCUUGCUUGGAGAAAGUUAACUUCAUCACCAAGUGUGUGUUCUGUCGACUGAAGACUCCACACAGAUCUCUACCAGCGCCUCCGCCUCUUUAGCAUCGAGGAAGCUAAUCAAGCUAAUGUAGCUAAUAAAGCCAACAUAGCUAGAGAAAGACCUUCGUGAACUGUCAAAUCGAAUUAAUGACGAUAUAAAGCCUUAUAAGCAUAUUUAAUAUAUCGCUUGACUGUUAAAUAACGAGUUAAACGGUGUAAUGAAACAUAUUUGAGCUCUAAUAUAGUGCCUCGCACUCAGCGGCGCCGUGGCUUAGUUGGUUAAAGCGCCUGUCUAGUAAACAGGAGAUCCUGGGUUCGAAUCCCAGCGGUGCCUUUUGUAUUUCUAUUAAAUCGCCAAAGUUUCUCCAAUGUAAUAUUUUCACAAGGAAUAAACGAACAUUUAUGGGAUUUGCAUGAAUGAAAGUGUGUUUUAUCAUUCACAAGACUCCAAAAUUGUGUAUUAUAGCCUAUAAAACAAUCUACAAGUCAUUCUUCUGAAACAAGGUUGUAUUUAUUUACUGCAACAGCUAAAU